AGAUUGUCAAAAAAUGGUGUUUUUAGUAAACAAACACGAGGAUGAUUCAACGCAAUUUCAAGAACGAUAAAGAUGCCCGUAGACGACAGAUAGACACGCUGAAAAUCUUCAAUGACCAUGUCGAGGAAGUUAUUGAAAAUGAGGAAUACACCGUGGGAUUUGAGUCGGGUGGGCGAAAUUUCCUGAUCUCCGUGUAUUUGUGUCCAGCCUUCCCAAAUGAGAAACCUAAGAUUGUAAUAUCCCCGUCGGUGGAGCAUUUAUGGAUCUUUGGGCCAACUGGAGAGGUAAACAAUGCUCCUGGAUUGCUGAACUUCACGGCUCACUCGGAUUUGGGUCGCAUCGUGCAAGCUAUCAUCAGGGAGUUUGAGAAGUUCCCACCGAGGCUCUUCAACGCAACAGAGGAAGGUAUUCAGUACACUCAGAUGGAUCUGAAGCAAACACCGCAGGCUGAAGGGUCAAUUCCUGAGCUAAGCAGCCUUACGAUUGAUGAGCUGAAAGAGCUGGACAAUGACCCAGAGUCUCUGAAUGACUUUGUGGAGGAGUUGACUGUUGUGAAAAAGCUCAGCAAUGAGCUGGACGUCUUGUUGCAAGACAUUGAAGCUAUCGCAAAGGAUAACAUGUCCCAGGAGGAGAGAAUGACUGCUCUGCGAGAAGAGGUUACCAAGAAGAUGAAUGAUUUUCGCAUUCUGGGUGACUCGUACGACUCCCUUUGUGUGCAGCAAAAGAAGAAAGCGGAGGAAUUCUCUCCGCAGCAUAUAAAGGAACUCCUACAAAUCGCUGCAUCCAUCUCGGAUACGGAGUGUGAGGCGUGCGCUGAGGAAUUCCUUACUGGGAAAAUUGAUGUGCAAUCGUUUCUCAACACGUACAUGGCAGCAAAGAAAUUGAGCACGAUGCGAAAGGCAAAGGAGGAGCGCUUGACAUCGCAGCUGAAUUCCCUCGAGAAGCAUUCCCUGCUGUGACCAGAGUUCUUCUGUUUCCACAACAAGUGAUAAGGAAAAUUGAAAUCGCGUUUUCAAUUAAAAAUCAUUAUUUGAAGGUCGCA